ACCGGAAGUGGCGACUGCUCCGCGCGGAUGGCGGCGGCGGCGGCGGGGAUGACGGCGGCGGGCUGCGCGGGGGCUGGGGCGGCGCGCUCCCUCUCCCGCUUUCGAGGCUGCCUGGCCGGCGCGCUGCUCGGGGACUGCGUGGGCUCCUUCUAUGAGGCGCACGACACCGUCACCCUGACGUCAGUCCUGCGUCACGUCCAGAGCCUGGAGCCGGACCCGGGCUCACCGGGGAGCGCGCGGACAGAAGUGUUGUACUACACAGACGACACAGCCAUGGCCAGGGCCCUGGUGCAGUCCCUGCUGGCCAAGGAGGCCUUCGACGAGGUGGACAUGGCUCACAGAUUUGCUCAGGAGUACAAGAAAGAGCCUGACCGGGGUUACGGUGCUGGAGUGAUCACUGUCUUCAAGAAGCUCCUGAGCCCCAAGUGCCGCGAUGUCUUUGAGCCUGCCCGGGCCCAGUUUAACGGGAAAGGCUCCUACGGCAACGGGGGUGCCAUGCGGGUGGCCGGCAUCUCCCUGGCCUAUAGCAAUGUCCAGGAUGUGCAGAAGUUUGCCCGGCUCUCAGCCCAGCUGACACACGCCUCCUCCCUGGGUUACAACGGUGCCAUCCUGCAGGCCCUGGCUGUGCACCUGGCUUUGCAGGGGGAGUCGUCGAGUGAACAUUUCCUCGAACAACUCCUGGGCCACAUGGAAGAGCUGGAGAGUGACGCCCAGUCCGUCUCAGAUGCAAGGGAGUUGGGCAUGGAGGAGCGUCCCUACUCCAGCCGACUGAAGAAGAUUGGCGCUCUUCUAGAGCAGGACUCGGUGACCAGAGAGGAGGUGGUGUCCGAGCUAGGCAAUGGCAUUGCCGCCUUUGAAUCUGUGCCCACCGCCAUCUACUGCUUCCUGCGCUGCAUGGAGCCGGACCCCGAGAUCCCCUCUGCCUUCAACAGCCUCCAGAGGACUCUCAUCUACUCCAUCUCACUCGGGGGGGACACAGACACCAUCGCCACCAUGGCCGGGGCCAUUGCUGGGGCCUACUACGGGAUGGGCCAGGUGCCAGGGAGCUGGCAGCAGAGCUGCGAAGGCUAUGAGGAGACGGACGUCCUGGCCCACAGCCUGCACCGUCUCUUCCAGAAGAGUCUGUGA